CCAAAAUCAAAUGGAAGCUGGAAAAGGUGAACAACCAGCAGAAUUUUCUGUCUGAAUAAUCUGCUUUGAGAGCUAUGGAGACCUCUAUCAGACAAAUUGAUGCUCUAAGACAUUAUGUAAGGAGUGUCAUACUAGCAUUCCUACUCCUGAAUGUCCAAAUUGACGCCUUUUGAAUUACUCAAUUUCUAAAAUUGAGUUGCAGAAUCAAUCAGAAAGUGCUCAAGAGGGAGAAGAGUCCCCAGAGCCUUCUCAAGAGAAAGAAAAAGGAGAAAUUGAUAAACACCAAGAAGUCAUCAUCGAAGUUGGCCUCAAAAUGAAGAACUUUAAAGGUAAAAGAGCAACAAUGUCUUCAAAUGGGAAGUUCUAUUGUCGAGGAAAAUUAGAUAAGAAAUGUAAAUGAUGUAAUAUCGUCUGAGGGCCGAAGCAAGGAUGUAAUUGCAAUGCCUGCACUGAGCUUGACAGAAAAUAUAGAAAUCUCGGGCCUGAAUAUAAGGUGAACAAACUUGGAAAACCUUCAAAGUUUGACAUGGAAGCAGGAAAAUAUUUCUGUGAAUACACAACAGAACAUGACUCUCUGUUAAAAGUGUGUAACAAAGAUUCUGGAUAUCAAUGAGCGGAUUGUAUUCCUUUAUAAUUCCAGAAGUCUUAUGCAAUAACCAACCACUAAUAUU